CAGCGGGACUGCAGCGGGACGAGCUUUAGGGCUGCUGUUACAGACUGACAGUACUCCGGUGCAGCCAGCAAGCAGUUGGUCAGGGAAGCGCGUGUCAGUUUCCAAGUGCCAGCAUUCUGUGGCGCGUGCGCACCGCCGCCUCCAUUCUUGUCCUGCAACAGCAAACGGGGUGGAGAGGUGCCUCAAUGCUGCUGUCUUAAAUGCAGAAUCGCCUGGUUAAUUACGGUCCAAUUUUCAAUUAACCGUAAAGAUUGCACGGAGCUGGGCUUGGGCCGCCCGGGAAGGAUGCACUACUGAAUUAUGAAGCACGGCCCUUCCAGCCCAUCCCUCUCCAUCUCCAGUUUCUGCCAGUGCUGCCACUGUUAGCUGCGCUCAGGCUGUCAGAUCCCACCACCGCCACCACCGCCACCAGCUGCCGUCCAGACACACAUGGUGCAUUGCUGCCAUUCCCAAACUCGCAUCUCAUCUGAGCCGCGGCAUCUUGCUUGCCCUCGGCAAAUAUAGGGUCAAACCCCUUCAGGAUAAAAAUAAAAGUUGCGUGUGUUUUCCUUUUUUUCCGGGGCGUAGACUCCCGCGGGUUGCUGUCUCUUUUUUUUUUUUUUGUCUCCCUUGUCCUUGGGUUGCUUUGGUAACAAAAGCACAGGGGGUUGGCCAUGGAGCCCAACAUGGAGUACUGUUUGGCUCAGGUGAUGCAGAAGGAUGUGGGGCGGAGACUGCAGGUGGGACAGGAGCUCAUUGACUACAUCACGGACAAACAGAAGUCCCACGACCUGGAGCAGGACCAGACCAUGCUGGACCGCAUGGUGGACGGGAUCGCCACCUCCUGGGUCAACUCCAGCAACUUCAAGGUGGCUUUGCUUGGAAUGGACAUUCUGUCUGCCUUAGUGACAAGGUUGCAGGACCGCUUUAGAACACAAAUAGGAACAGUUUUGCCCAGUUUGAUAGACCGGUUAGGGGACGCUAAAGACCAAGUACGAGAUCAGGAUCAGACUCUGCUAUUGAAGAUCAUGGAGCAGGCUGCCAACCCACAGUAUGUUUGGGACCGAAUGCUGGGAGGAUUCAAACACAAGAAUAACAGGACCAGAGAAGGAGUCUGUCUUUGCCUUAUUGCCACAUUAAAUGUAUAUGGAGCCCAAGGCCUAACCCUUAGCAAAAUAGUACCCCAUAUAUGUAAUCUAUUAGGAGAUCCCACAAGUCAGGUGCGAGACGGGGCCAUGAACUGCCUUGUAGAAAUCUACAGGCAUGUGGGGGAGAGGGUGCGGAUGGAUCUCAGUAAAAAGGGAUUGCCACAAUCACGAUUGAAUGUAAUUUUCAGUAAAUUUGACGAAGUCCAAAGAUCUGGGAACAUGAUCCUGUCGUCGGCCUCAGAGAAAAACUUUGAUGAUGAAGAUUCCGUGGACGGGGGCAGGUCCUCCUCCUCCUCCAAGGCGCCCCCUAGUGGCCGCAAAGUGGUGAGCAUGGGCUCGGUGCGCCGGCCCGGCUCGGUAGCCGGCCCCAAGGUGACAGGAAAGGAGGGCGCCAGUGCAGGGGCGGUGGAUGAGGAGGACUUCAUCCGUGCCUUCGAGGAUGUGCCCACAGUGCAGAUUUAUUCUGCUAGGGAACUGGAAGAUUCCAUGAACAAGAUCCGGGAGGUGCUGUCUGACGACAAGCACGACUGGGAGCACAGAAUCACCGCCCUGAAGAAGGUGCGGUCUCUGCUCCUGGCGGGAGCCGCGGAGUACGAGGGCUACUCCCAGCAGCUCCGCCUCCUGGAGGGGGCCUUUAAGCUCUCGGCGAAAGACCUGCGCUCACAGGUGGUGCGGGAGGCCUGCAUCACUCUGGGCCACCUGUCGUCGGUCCUGGGGAACCGGUUCGACCACGGCGCGGAGACCAUCAUGCCGACGCUCCUCAACCUGGUCCCCAACAGUGCCAAAGUCAUGGCCACGUCAGGAGUCGCCGCCAUCCGCCUCAUCAUACGCCACACACACUACCCCCGACUGAUCCCCAUCAUGACCAGCAACUGCACUUCCAAAUCCGUGGCAGUCAGAAGGCGCUGCUAUGAGUUUCUGGACCUGCUGCUGCAGGAAUGGCAGACACACUCGUUGGAGAGGCACGUGGCGGUUCUCACCGAGACCAUCAAGAAAGGCAUCCAUGACGCGGACUCUGAGGCAAGAUCUGUCGCCAGGAAGUGUUACUGGGGUUUCCACGGCCACUUCAGCAGGGAGGCGGAGCACCUCUUCCAGGCGCUGGAGUCGUCCUAUCAGAAGGCUCUGCAGUCUCACCUGAAGAGUUCGGACAGCAUUGUGUCUCUGCCGCAGUCUGACCGCUCCUCCUCCAGCUCCCAGGAGAGCCUCAACCGCCCGCUCUCCGCUAAAAGUCAUAUUGGAAGCAGCAUAGCCAGAACAAAAGUAGUGAGCCCCAGGGUCUCGUCCACGCCUGGCUCCCUUCAGCGUUCCCGUAGCGAUAUCGACGUCAACGCUGCGGCCAGCGCCAAGUCGAGGAUGACCGCCGUGCCCUCAGCCUCCCCCUUCAGUUCGGCCGCUGCCCUGCCCCCCGGGUCCUACGCCUCUUUAGACGGCACACCUGGUAAACCCGAGGGCCGUGUGCGCACCAGGAGACAGAGUUCGGGCAGCGCGGUGGGAGUGAGCACCACAGUCACGGACAGCAGGGGGCGUAGCCGUGCCAAAGUGGUGUCCCAGUCUCAGCGAUCCAGAUCAGCUAACCCUACCGGUGCCGGCAGUCGCUCCAGCUCCCCGGGGAAGCUGCUGGGUCACACCUACGGGAGGGUCCCGCGGGCCACCGCCUCUGCCACUCCAGCAGACAAGCGCACCAAGGUCCCCCGCAGCCAGGGCUGCAGCCGCGAGACCAGCCCCAGCAGACUGGGCCUGGCCCGGAGCAGCCGUAUACCCCGCCCCAGCGUGAGUCAGGGCUGCAGCCGCGACACCAGUCGUGAGAGCAGCCGGGACACGAGCCCCGCCCGGGGCUUCGCCCCUCUGGCCUCUCGACGUCAUUCCCGUUCCACCAGCGCGCUCUCCACGGCCGACACCGUGGGCCAGUCAGACCGCUUCGGGCUGGUCCACCAGGCCCGGAUCUCCGCCUCGGUCAACGCCAUGCGGGUUCUCAACACCGGCACAGAGGUGGAGGCUGCAGUCGCGGACGCCCUGCUGUUAGGAGACUCCCGGAAUAAGCGGAAGCCCGUGAGACGGAGGUAUGAGUCGCCGGGGAUGUAUUCGGACGACGACGCCAACAGCGACGCCUCCAGCGCCUGCUCGGAGCGCUCCUACGGCUCGCGGAAUGGCGGCAUCCCCCACUACCUGCGCCAGACGGAGGACGUGGCGGAGGUGCUCAACCACUGCGCCAGCUCCAACUGGUCCGAGAGGAAGGAGGGCCUGGUGGGCCUGCAGAACCUCCUCAAGAGCCAAAGAAUACUCAGCCGGGUUGAGCUGAAGAGACUGUGUGAGAUCUUCACCAGAAUGUUUGCGGACCCGCACAGCAAGAGAGUGUUCAGCAUGUUCCUGGAGACGCUGGUGGACUUCAUCACCAUUCACAGGGAGGACCUGCAGGACUGGCUGUUCGUCCUGCUCACCCAGCUGCUGAAGAAGAUGGGCGCCGACCUGCUGGGCUCCGUCCAGGCCAAGGUCCAGAAGGCCCUGGAUGUCACCAGGGACUCUUUUCCGUUUGACCAGCAGUUCAACAUCCUCAUGAGAUUCAUUGUCGACCAGACACAGACACCCAACCUCAAGGUGAAGGUGGCCAUCCUGAAGUACAUCGAGUCAUUGGCCCGGCAGAUGGACCCCGCAGACUUUGUUAACUCUAGCGAGACGCGAUUGGCCGUGUCCCGCAUCAUCACCUGGACCACAGAACCAAAGAGCUCCGACGUCAGAAAGACCCUUCAUAACUGGGCAAGCGAGGAGUUAUCAGGCAGGCCCAGCACUACGCCCUCACUGCCUGGGGAGGGCAACCUGGAGGAGAGGUGCAAACAGGCCGCCCAGGUGGUCCUGAUCUCCCUCUUCGAGUUGAACACCCCCGAAUUCACCAUGCUGCUGGGCGCCCUGCCUAAAACAUUCCAGGAUGGAGCCACCAAGCUCCUGCACAACCACCUUAAGAACUCCAGCAACGCCAGUGUGGGUUCUCCUAGCAACACCAUCGGACGCACCCCACCUCGACACCCUGCCACCCGCACCAGUCCCCUCACCUCCCCCACCAACUGCUCCCAUGGCGGGCUGUCACCCAGCAUGCUGGAGUAUGACACAGAGAACAUGAACUCAGAGGAGAUCUACAGUUCGCUUCGCGGCGUCACCGAGGCCAUACAGAGCUUCAGCUACCGCAGUCAGGAGGACCUGAAUGAGCCAAUCAAGCGAGACGGCAAGAAGGAUGACACUGCUGGCCGGGAGGGCGUUGCAGCCUCCCAGGGCUUGGACCCACGUCUGGGCAUGGACACGGUGGAGGGGGGCCGCACGGCACUGGAUAACAAGACCUCAUUGCUCAACACCCCCUCCCCCCGCUCCUUCUCUGGGCCCCGCGUCCGCGAGUACAAUCCUUACAGCUACAGCGACAUCAGCGCAUACGACAAGAGCGCCCUGAAGGAGGCAGUGUUCGACGACGAUGUGGAGCAGUUCCGAGAUGGCCGUCGCCAGGAAUGCGUUGAAAACAAGAUGUUGCAUCCCAAGGGCUUUGCUCCUGUUCCCCUGGACCACUCAGACCUGGUGGCGGACCUGCUGAAGGAGCUGUCCAAUCACAACGAGCGCGUGGAGGAACGCAAGGGGGCGCUGGUGGAGCUGCUGAAGAUCACGAGGGAGGACAGCCUGGCCGUUUGGGACGAGCACUUCAAGACCAUCCUGCUGCUGCUGCUGGAGACGCUGGGAGACAAAGAUCACACCAUCCGGGCCCUGGCUCUGCGCGUGCUGAAGGAGAUCCUGCGGAACCAGCCGGCCCGCUUCAAGAACUACGCCGAGCUCACCAUCAUGAAGACCCUGGAGGCCCACAAAGACUCCCACAAGGAGGUGGUGCGGGCGGCCGAGGAGGCAGCCUCCACCCUGGCUGGCUCCAUCCACCCAGAGCAGUGUAUCAAGGUGCUGUGUCCCAUCGUCCAGACGGCCGACUACCCCAUUAACCUGGCGGCCAUCAAGAUGCAGACGAAGGUCAUCGAGCGCAUCGCGAAGGAGUCCCUCCACCAGCUGCUGCCUGACAUCAUCCCGGGCUUGCUGCAGGGCUAUGACAACACAGAGAGCAGCGUACGCAAGGCCAGUGUGUUUUGCUUGGUGGCCAUCUACUCUGUGAUUGGUGAAGAGCUCAAACCACACCUGGCCCAGCUCACGGGCAGCAAGAUGAAGCUGUUGAACUUGUACAUCAAGAGAGCCCAGACGACCAACAGCAACAGCAGCAGCUCCUCGGACGUAUCCACGCACAGCUAGCGGGAACCGAUCCCGCCGGCGCUGUCCCUCCGGACUGGGCAACAGUCGUGCCUCUUUCCAGACCUCUCCAUUUCACGUGUUCUCAUCGAUGCCGCUACCCCUGCAGACUGCUCCAGGGGAACAUUUCGCUUAUCGCAAUCAGUGUUUUUUCCCUUUUCUUUUUCUUUCUUAUUUUUUUUUUUCUUGUGAACCUCGUCUUUUAUUCCACGCCAUGUCCUUUGGCUUUUAUCCCCCCCUUGCUGUUUUAUAGAAUGAUGAAUGUAAAGGAGGUCUGAGUCAGUGGUGAAUGCUUUUUACAGGUUUCAACUUUUUCUAGGCUAUGAAACAUGGAAGUAUCGCUCUGUGUACUUCGGCCUCACUGCUUCUGGUAUACUUUUGAACUAUGGUCAGUUAUGUAGACAAGAAGAAAAUGUAGGUGUUUGAAAAUGAAUACGCGAGAGUAAAGCGUACUCUAGGGCUGUAGUUUGAUCUCUUAAACGUUGUUCUAAAAAAAAAAAAAAAAAAAACCUAAAUUCUCAGCAUUCCGUGAAAUAGUCGUUCUUGGGAUAAUACUACACUCAAAAGAGUCUGGAUUUGGGAAACCUUUGUAAAGGGUUAGACUUACUUUAGGUUUAGUCUUGCACUUGAAUUUCAGUUUGUGGUUGACGAUCAUUUGGCUGGCCCAGUGAUUACAUAAAAGGAUCGUAACGGGGUAAAAUUUAACAUUGAGGUUUGGGUACAAUAAUAACCAAAAAAAUAUAGGACUAAAAUGAGGAUAUUUUAUUUUCAUUUUAUGUGAAUUUUAUUUAACCAGUGUCGAAGGACCACACUAUCAUCCCCUGUAUUUAGUUAAAUUUACAUACAAAUUUCUUCUUAGUUUUGUAUUUAACUUUUGUCAAUCACUAUGAUGGCCAGAUGAAGCCAGAGAAAUGAUAACUUUUAUUAUUCUUAGUAACAAGUCUAGUCCAACAAAUCAGAAGGUUUUGUAGGAACCUCUUAAAAGUAUUAGCAGUCUGACUUGCUGGCAAAUUGCUCAGCCUAAGGAGGGGAUGACAGAGCUACGUGGAUGUAGUGACAUCCUUAUCAGUGUUUUCCUUAUUUCAUGUAAGUUAUUGAUCUCGGUAGUUAAAUUUUGAAUUAGAAAACAAAAUGAAGAAAAAAAAAUUCAAUCACAGUUAAUCUUUUUUUUCCUGGAAAAACCUUGACAAUCGGAAAUGUAAGGUGUUUGCUGGGAUAUCCAUGGAUACGACAAAAUUUUAAGUGCCAGUGAAUGAGAUUGUUCAAAUUAAAAGAGCCACUGUGGCAAAAGAUGCUCUUUGUGAAGGCAGGCUUACCAGUUACAAGAACACUAAUUUUGUUAUAUUUUUGGAAAAAAAAAGAAUCCAACUUGUUGGAUGUACCAUUAGUCAAAGCACUGUAUGAGUCUCAAACCUACCACAUUUUAGACACUUUUUGAACUUCACUUUUGACAGGAGUCAUCUAAGAAUAUGGCAUUUCAAGUGAACUGGUGUGAAUCUGUGAUGUUGCUGCUCAAAAAUACUUACACUAGAUUCCCAACUACUAUGAAUGUUACUGGUGCAUUUUUGGGGGGACAGAAGACACUACCAGGCCUUACUUUCUUUUUCAAAGUACUGUUUCACAACAUGGACUGUUAAAUGGAAUGAAUAUAGUCUCUUUUUUUUCCUAAAAUGUGAAAACACAUUGCAUUUAAUAGGCCAGAAAAAAAUUAAAGGAAGAUACAUCUUAUGUUUAUACUGCCCAACUUUUUCUCACCCGUAUAGUCAUAGUUCUUGAAUUUGGGGGGGGGGGGGAAUCAAGGUUGAACCACAGAUAUUUUGUACAUUACUUUCAAUCACUGCUUCGCAAACUUAUUAGAAAGCAGAAAAGGGUCCGAGGUCUCAUGUUUUUGCACGUUAGCAAGUAGCCUGCAUGUUUCAGCUACACCUCUCCUUGUGCCGUUUACCUGAUUCUGAUUUCAACCGCAAAAAACACCCUUGCUACUUCAGCAGUCCAGUUAACCUGUAAAUACAGUAUUAAUGUCAGCCUAAAGAGCAACCAACUCUAAAGCUGAUUUAAGCUCCUUGGGUUGACCAAAAUUUGGAUCCCCAAAUGUCUAUGUUUUCACAGGCUGCAGAGGAGAGAACAGAUGUCCGAAGCCAGCCAUUUAAAGCACCCCUAGUUCUCAUGUAGUGUGACAUAUUGAGGCAUGUGGCUUUUCAAAGGUACACUAUGUGUGCGUGCCUUGAUUGUAUCUGGCAAUACUUUUUAAAUCGCUUACUAAACCGCUUAAGACCACAUACGAGUAAUUUGCAAUUUUGUCAUAUGGAACCCUCUUCUCUUUGCAAAUAAUUAUCUGUCUAAUUCCUGUGUAAGGGGAAAGCCAAUGUUUUUUGUAGAAGAUGACAAAAAGUGGUUUACUGUUCAUAUACUCAGCUGAUGCAUUGGCCAUUAGAAACUGUAUUCCUAGCAAAUUGUUCUCUGCGCAUGUUCUUUUUUUCUUUCUUUUUUUUGCUUUUGUCAUGUAAUAUCCAUAUCUGUAUUUAUAUAUUUGUUUUAUUUUGUGUGUAUUAUGACAACUGUACAGAUUACCCUUUUUUGUUAACAUCCACCUGUGAUAGAAUUUGCGAAAA